AUGGCGAAGGGUAAGAAGAGUGGUGAGGCUAAGGGAUCGCAGAAGCGCCAGAAGAAGGUCCUCCGUGAGAAUGUGCGCGGAAUCACCCGCGGUUCCAUCCGCCGCCUCGCCCGCCGUGGUGGAGUGAAACGCAUCUCUGGCGUUAUCUACGACGAGGUGCGUGGUGUGCUAAAGUCAUUUGUGGAGGGUGUUGUUCGUGAUGCGACGGCAUACACUGAGUACUCCCGCAAAAAAACUGUAACGGCUGUUGACGUGGUCAAUGCGCUUCGCAAGCGCGGCAAGAUUCUGUACGGUUAUGCAUAA